UUAUGCAAUAUUAUUUAUUAACUAUUCACCCUUCAGAAGUAAGUCUUUAUUAUAUAUUUUUUGAAUUCGGAUCUCCAUCAGAUCGCCGCUGCGAUACGCUUGUCACCGCUAGGGGCGCAUCUCCGGCUUCCAUUCGUCUGACCAGAGAUCGGAGCCACACUUCUCUCUUUCGACGGCGUUUGCGACGACUUUCUACUGCAAUGGACGCGGGCUUCUUCCGCGGAACGAGUGCGGAGCAGGACAACCGCUUCAGCAACAAGCACAAGAAACUACUCAAACAACUGAAGUUUGCAGAAUGUCUGGACAAGAAGGUGGACAUGACCAAAGUAAACCUGGAAGUCAUCAAACCAUGGAUUACUCAGCGUGUGACGGAGAUUCUGCGGUUUGAAGAUGAUGUCGUGAUAGAGUUCAUUUUUAACCAACUUGAAGAAAAGCACCCUGAUAGUAAGAUGAUGCAGAUCAAUCUGACGGGCUUCCUGAACGGGAAAAAUGCAAGAGAGUUCAUGAAAGAUCUCUGGCCACUGUUGUUGAGCGCCCAGGAGAACAUUGCUGGUAUCCCCUCUGUGUUUCUUGAACAGAAGAAGGAGGAAAUUAAACAGAGACAGAUUGAACAGGAGAAGUUGGCUACUCUCAAGAAAGGAGACGAUGACAAAAAGGACUUCAGGGACAGAGCUCAGUCCAAAAGCCCAAGAAGGCGAAAGACACGAUCCCCGUCACCGAGACGACCAUCACCGAGGCGCCGAUCACCAUCACCGAGGCGCAGAUCACCAUCACCUAGACGCCGAUCACCAUCACCGAGGCGUCGUUCACCUCCAAAGAGGGAGAGGAAACGAAGCCCAUCACGAUCCCCAAGAGGCCAAACCAGUCCUCUUGGGGGAAGUUCACCACCUUUAAUGCAGCAGCCUUCAAAACCUUUGGAGCAAAAUUUGGAACCAGAUACAUCUGGAAGAUCUUUGCCUGAGCCAGUCAUUCAAGAAGCUUCCACCACCAUUGACUCCGCAGUAGAAACGAUGAAAGCAGACUCCGCCACUGAAGGCAAAGAACUGUCCCCUGUGAAAAGUAAAAAAGAAGAGAGGCCCAGAUCACGAGAGAGGGAAAGGGACAAAGAAGCAAGGAGAGAAAGACCUCACCCCAGCAGUCGCAGACGUCGCUCUCGUUCACGAUCUUUUUCUCCACGCAGAAGGCCAAGUCCCAGGAGGCGAAUGUCUCCUCGUAGAAGGAGCCCACCCAGACGAGGUCCCAACAGUUCUAGAAACAGAUAUAGACGCUCACCUAUCCGCAGGAGGCGUUCUCGCUCAGCUUCAUCCUCUGGUAGCAGCCUAUCAGGCUCUCGUUCUCCGAAGAAGGCAAAGAAGAGAGUAUCUUCUUCACCUCCACGUAAACAGCCCUAUCAUGCCACCUCCAUUAGUCCAUCAAGAAAAGAGAGAUCAUCUCCCAGAGGGAGAAGAGGCCGAGCUUCAAUAUCUCCGCAGAGUUCCUAUGGUCUGAAGCAAAAACCAGGAACUAAGGGUGACUCGCCAGUGAAUAAUGCCAAAUUUAGACAGUCUGGAGAUUCAGAUUCAGAUGAUGAUAAGAAUGAGAAGGGAGCAGCUGGCGACUCUGUGCAGCAGCGGCGUCAGUAUCGCAGGCAGAAUCAGCAGACCUCUUCAGAUUCUGGAUCUUCCUCCUCAGAAGAUGAGGGCCCAAAGAGGCCAAAGGCAGGGGCUGGUGCCCGAAAUGGUGAGGUGAGGAAACGUCGGAGUCGUACACCAUCACCACGCAGGCGACACAGAGAUCCUUCCCCAAGGAAGAGGCGGUCUCAUUCUCCUGGUGCUCGGCGACGCCGCUCUCCAUCUCCUCCACGCCGUCGCAGAUCUCCAUCUCCCCCUAGGCGGAGGUCUCCCUCCCCACCACCUCGCCGUCGAUCUCCUUCUCCCAGGCGCUACUCUCCACCUAUCCAGCGUCGCUACAGUCCUUCGCCAUUGCCACCACAAAAGAGAAGGCUGUCUAGUUCCCCACCAAGACGGUCACCAGGGCCCAAGCGCCAUUCCUCCCGCUCCCCUAGACGCAGAGGAUCACCGGUUCAGAGGAGGCGCACACCUCCAUCGUCCUCCUCACCACUCAGACACAGGAGGAGCCCAUUACCGCUUUCACGGCCUGGCAGGGACAGACGCUCCCCUGUCAGUCGCCUCUCUCCCUCCCCUGCAAACCGCAGCCGGGCUAACAGGGCUUCUCCAAGUCCUCAAAGACGGUUUGAAAGUUCAGGCUCAUCUUCGUUAAACCAACGUAGACAGUCACCGUCACACAGCAGCAAACCAAUCCGCAGAGUUUCUCGUACCCCUGAACCUCGUGACAUUCAGAGAUCCUCUCCAAGCCCUCCACGACUGCGUAGAGUGUCCUCCCGAUCCAGAUCUGUGUCCCCACCACCAGUGGCUCAGAAGCGGCCAGCUUCAGCGUCUGCCUCUCGUUCACCGUCCCGCUCUGCCAGUGGUUCCCCACUGCCGGCCAAAAAGGCCAGUACUGGUUCUCCUAGCCAGUCCCCUAGCAAGCAACAGUCAGACGUUGACGGUAGUGGAAAGAAGAAGAAAAAGAAGAAGGAAAAAAAACACAAGAAGGAUAAGAAACAUAAGAAGCACAAGAAGCAUAAGAAAGAGAAGGGUGCUGCUUCCGAGGCUGCUGACGAGCCUGAGAAUCAGCCUGCGGACGAGGAUGAAGAGUCCAGAAAGGUUAGGAGUCCGAAAGUGAAGUAGACGACAGCUUGGACGACCUGGAGAAGCACCUGCGAGAGAAGGCACUGCGCUCCAUGAGGAAAGCGCACACGUCUCCAUCACAGAUGUCCUGAAAACGCCUGGACUUCUCGCUUGUCGUCAACCAGAAUGUACAAUUGUUUUGUUUCUGAUCCCGUUUGAUACAUUCUGUUUCUGUCUGAGCGUCACUGUUCAGUGUAUUAUCUAAAAUGUAAAAAGUUGUGUUGUUGAUACUUUUAAAUUGUUAAUUGGGGAAAUGGUUUGAGUUGACUCCACAGCCUACAGCAGAUCCCACCUAGAGGCAAUCGCAAGAGCUGCCAGCGCCUCUGCAUGACCCAAAUGGACUUUAAGAUGUCCAUUAAAUGUCUUCUUUUGUGGAUUUGUUUUCAAAAUGACAUUUACCUUUCAAGCUGUUGACCUGCUGUUUAGUUCUCUCGACUGGAAUGUCAUGUGGAGAGAUGGCAAGGUUGUUACUCAGUAUCGUUUGGUUUUCUUUCCUGCUAAAGUUGGAUAUACUAGUUGUUGUACCAGGCAAAUGCCAGUGGGACUGCUGUACGAUGGGUUAUUUGGAUCCCUCACUAUUGUCAUCCUUUCAAAUUAAAACUGUUUUAUAA